GAAUCUUAUUUUACUCUCCGUCAGUCAGUGCUGUGCAUUUCGUAUGAUCGGAUCGGUUCUUGCAUUUUUCUCAUUGUUUUCAUCCGCCAUGGCCGCCAACAAGGAACGCACCUUCAUCAUGGUCAAGCCGGACGGUGUCCAGCGGGGACUCGUCGGCAAGAUCAUCAAGCGCUUCGAACAGAAGGGCUUCAAGCUGGUCGCCAUGAAGUUCAUGUGGGCCGAGAAGGAACUGCUGGAGAAGCACUACGCCGACCUGUCGGCCCGUCCCUUCUUCCCCGGUCUGGUCAGCUACAUGGGUUCCGGCCCGGUAGUUCCCAUGGUUUGGGAAGGCCUCGGUGUCGUCAAGACCGGCCGGCAGAUUCUGGGUGCCACCAAUCCAGCCGAUUCCGCACCCGGAACCAUCCGUGGUGAUCUGUGCGUCCAGGUGGGCCGCAACAUCAUCCACGGUUCGGAUGCCGUCGAGUCUGCCAACAAGGAAAUCGCCCUCUGGUUCACCGAGAAGGAACUCGUUGCGUGGACCCCGGCCAGCGAAGGAUGGGUCUACGAAUAAGCGGUCCCAGUUUUUGCUUAUAAGUUAAUUUCCAUCACUACCUUUAAAUCAACUGAUUUUAAACGCAUUUUUAAAUGAUAAGGAAGUCGAUUAGGGUAGAAAUCUAUUCGCGAAAGUGAGCUGAAUCAGGUUGAAACAAUAAAACAAAAUGAUAAAAUGCAGGAACGAUUAAUCCAAA